UAAAUGUUUCAAUAUUUUGGCAGCAUCUACAGCUUCGCAUUAUUACGGAACUUAAAAGUUGAAGUCGAGUGUUCAAUUCAUAGUUCGCAGAACGCAGUCUUUGGUGUAACAUCCUUGGUUUUCGGCCAUUUUACCCGAGUAGAAAGAGAUUUUAUAUAGAAUGCCUGCCGCCAUAAUGCCUGUUACCGAAGCUGCGGCAAAGGGUAAAGAAGAAAAGCAUGAGCUACGAACAGCUCCAUUUGAUCCAAGAUUCCCAAAUCAAAAUCAAACAAAGUACUGUUACCAGAGCUAUCUCGACUUUCAUCGUUGCAGAGCUCUGAAGGGUGAGAACUAUGAGCCGUGUGAUUAUUUCAAGAGGGUAUUCAAAUCCAUUUGUCCUAAUGCGUGGAUUGAAAAAUGGGACACACAACUUGAAGAGGGCAGAUUUCCUGGAAAAAUUCUGUAAUUUGUGUGUACGUAUGCCCUAAGGCACGAAAUGACAGUUUUUCCUGUAGUGUUGUUGUAAUGGUUAAUAAUGCUUUUGUAAAUGGAUCAUGUAAAUACAUUGAUAAAAUAUGCUUGAGAAGAUGGUAA